AUGGCCGUCAACCUCCAGUCGCAAGCUCACCGGCAUCUCCUCGACAUCAUCGACAAGCUUCGUGCUCAAGGGAUCAGCCGCUAUGUCGACUUGCCUGAGAUCAUCGUCACCGGGGACCAGUCCGCCGGCAAGAGCUCGGUCCUGGAAGCCAUUUCCGGGAUGACUUUUCCCACAAAGGACAAUCUCUGCACUCGCUUUGCAACGGAGCUGAUUCUGCGUCGCUCUCCUCAUGUCAACGUCAAGGUGUCCAUUGUUCCCGACGCAGAUCGUCCCGAGGAGGAGCAGAAGCAGCUGAAGCUGUUCGAGCCCACCAUUGACGCCUCGGAUCCCCAGCUUGGCGACGUCAUCGAAGAGGCCAAGGAGGUCAUGGGCCUGAACGGGCCGAAAAAGGUCUUCAGCGACGACAUAUUGCGCGUUGAGAUGAGCGGCCCCGAACAGCCUCAUUUGACCAUGGUCGAUCUCCCUGGUCUCUUCGAGGCCGGCAAUAGCGCGCAGUCGGACGAAGACGCCGAACUCGUCACCGACAUGGUCAUGCGCUACCUCAUGAGGCCGAGGAGCAUCAUCCUGGCCGUCGUCUCCGCCAAAAGCGACUUUGCCCUGCAAAAGGUGACGCGGAUCGCGCGAGAGCUGGACCCAGCCGGCGUCCGCACCCUCGGCCUCAUUACCAAGCCCGACACGCUGGAUGAGGGUUCGGCCAGCGAGGCCGCCUACGUGCAGCUCGCGCAGAACCGGGACGUCAAGUUCCGGCUGGGCUGGCAUGUGCUCAAGAACCGCGACUACAAGAUGCGCAACGCCACGUCGGCGGAGCGCGAUGAGGCCGAGGCCGACUUCCUCUCCCGGGCACCAUGGACCAGCAUCGACCCGUCGCACCUGGGCGUGGCGUCUCUGAAGCCUCGACUCAGCAACGUCCUCAAGGACCAGAUCCUCCUCCAGCUCCCCAGCCUUCUUGGCGAUGUCUCGGACGGGAUCCGGACCUGUAAAGAGAAGCUUGACAAGCUGGGCAAGCCCCGCGGCUCCGUCCGCGAGCAGCGCCGCUAUCUACUUCACACCAGCCAGAACUUCUCCCGGCUGAUGCAGGCGGCGGUGGACGGCAUGUACAACGACCGGUUCUUUGGUAGCGCCAGGACGGAAAAGGGGUAUCGACGACGGUUGCGUGCCGUCGUGCAAAACACGCUGACUGACUUUCGGAACACGAUGUACGACAAGGGCCGCAGCCGACGCAUAGUAGAAGUCCGCGACGACCAUCAUGAGCCCCAAGAGUGCGAAGAGGUAUUGCGAUCAGACUAUGUCAAAGAAGUCAAGGAUCUGAUACGUCGCAACCGGGGCUGUGAGCUCCCGGGCACCUUCAACCCGCUUAUUGUCGGGGAGCUGUUUGCGGACCAGUGCCGGCCGUGGACAGCAAUCGCCAUGGAUCUCAAGGACGAAAUCUUGCUUGCCGUGUCCGAGACGAGCCAUGAUGCGCUGUAUCACGUGGCCGUCGAAGAAACAGCGGAACGGAUCCUCCAGAUUGUCAACACCGGCAUCGAGGAUCUGAAGCUGGAGCUGGAUGCCGCAUUUGAGCAGGUCUUGGAGCCCUACACGAGCGUCCAUCCCAUUACCUACAAUCAUUACCUCAUCAGAAAUGUCCAAAAGGCCCAGAGUGAGAGGCGCCGACGAGAGAUUACUGCCCACAUCGAAAAAGUCUAUGGCCAGCGUAUUUUCGACAAGGCAGACGUGUUGAUGGUGAGUGGAAGUCAUCUCUCGGAGCUGCUCGCCAUGCAGAGCGAAAUAGACAUGGAGCUGUACGGGAGCUCUUUGGCCGUCGACUACAUGGAGGCGUACUACAAGGUAGCACUCAAGACCGCAGUCGACGCCGUGGGCACCCUUGCCAUCGAGUGCCGCCUUUUGCAGAAACUCCCGUCCAUCUUUGACCCCGAGAAGAUUUACGACAUGAGCGGCGACGAGGUUUCGAGCCUCGCGGCGGACAGCGAGGCCACUGUGAAUGAGCGUGCCCAUCUUGGCGAGAAGCUUGCCGUCCUCGAGACUGCCCUGCAUGAGCUCAAGCGCCUGAACAGCUUUCGCUCCGUGGUGACGGAGAACCAUGUCGGUAGCGAGGCAUGGGGCGAGGGGAAGCGGGCAACUGACGUCCCCAUUGACGCGCCCAAUGGGCCAGCAGAGGCAGAGGUGUCAAUGCCCGCAGAGGCAGAGGCAGAGGAGCUCGCUGUGGCACCUGAGCAGGACUUCCCGGAAGAGGCUCCCUUGGCGGAAGAAGAUGCCCUGGUGCAGGAAGUCGCCCCACCCGAGGAAGAUGUGCCGGUGGAGGAGGCUGCCAGCUUGAGUGAAGUCGCCGCCGAACCUCGGGCCGAUGAAGAGAUUGGGUCGAUAUUGACGCUGGAACCGGAGCCGGAAGCAGAGCGCGAUGCUUAUGGCGAGGAGCCGACGCAGGAGUCGGCGAUGCAAGACCCUUGGGGGCUCAGUAGCAAGAAGAAGAAGGGCAAGAAAUCACUGCACUUUGCCGACGACGCGCCCGAGGUGAUUGAGGAGAGGAGAAGGUGGUUUGGGUGA